CUUAAAUCUUAAUUUUAUAAUCACGUAGUUCACUUUUUUGAUAAAUCCGUCAUAAGUACAUGUUACAGCAUCACCUGAGUAAUUGACUGAUCGGUAAAAAGAAAUAAAGAAGUCAAACCCACUCAGACGUGUGAGUAAGCACACUCAAUAUUUCCUUUGAAGAUAACAGUAUAGCAGAAUCUGCCCAAAGGCGUAGUUUCACUCGCCCACCUGCAAUUCCACCGCCCUUUCUCCCUAUCGCUCGAUAGGCCCCACCGGCCAUGACAACUCUAACGGACCUCUGUCCUUUCCGAUCUUCCCGCUCCGUUUCCCCCUUCUCCAAGACCAACCACCAAAUCCCGCCCCGCAUUCACAAACCUUUCAAGCUCCGCUGCUCCAUCGCCGAGGGGCCCACAAUUUCCUCAUCGAAGAUCGACGGCGGGGAAUCUUCACUUGCGGAUUGCGUCAUCGUAGGAGGCGGCAUCAGCGGGCUAUGCAUUGCCCAAGCUCUUGCCACCAAGCACCGUGACGUCGCUUCCAAUGUGAUCGUGACGGAGGCCAGAGACCGAGUCGGUGGCAACAUCACAACCGUUGAGAGAGAUGGAUAUCUGUGGGAAGAAGGGCCCAAUAGUUUCCAGCCAUCCGAUCCUAUUCUCACUAUGGCGGUGGAUAGUGGAUUGAAGGAUGAUUUAAUUUUAGGUGACCCUAAUGCACCGCGAUUUGUACUAUGGGAGGGGAAAUUAAGGCCUGUACCCUCCAAGCCAACUGACUUGCUGGUUUUUGAUUUGAUGAGCAUUGGUGGAAAACUUAGGGCCGGAUUGGGUGCUAUUGGCGUUCGCCCUCCUCCUCCAGGUCACGAAGAAUCAGUGGAGGAGUUUGUGCGUCGUAAUCUUGGUGAUGAGGUUUUUGAGCGCUUGAUUGAACCGUUUUGUUCAGGUGUUUAUGCUGGGGAUCCAUCAAAAUUAAGCAUGAAGGCAGCAUUUGGAAGAGUAUGGAAGCUUGAAGAGAUUGGUGGUAGCAUCAUUGGUGGCACUUUCAAGACAAUCCAGGGGAGAAAGAAAACACCUAAGCCACCUAGAGAUCCGCAUCUUCCAAAACCCCAGGGCCAAACAGUUGGGUCUUUUAGGAAGGGACUUGCCAUGCUGCCUGAGGCAAUUGCUACUAGUUUGGGUAGCAACGUUAAAUUGUCGUGGAAGCUCUCCAGCAUUUCUAAAUUGGGUAAUGGAGGGUAUAGAUUGACAUAUGAAACACCAGAAGGAAUGGUCUCUCUUCAAAGUAGAAGUGUUGUCAUGAGCAUUCCAUCCCAUGUUGCCAGUAACCUGUUGCAUCCUCUCUCGGCUGCUGCUGCAGAUGCACUAUCUCAAUUUUAUUACCCUCCAGUUGCAUCGGUCACAAUCUCAUAUCCAAAAGAAGCUAUUCGAAAAGAAUGUUUGAUUGAUGGUGAACUCAAGGGGUUUGGCCAAUUGCACCCACGCAGCCAAGGAAUUGAAACUUUAGGGACUAUAUACAGUUCAUCACUUUUUCCCAAUCGCGCUCCAUCUGGCAGAGUUUUGCUCUUGAACUACAUUGGAGGAGCUACGAACCCUGGAAUUUUGUCCAAGACUGAAGGUGAACUUGUAGAAACAGUUGAUCGUGAUUUGAGAAAAAUGCUUAUAAAUUCCAAUGCAGAGGAUCCUCUUGUAUUGGGUGUGAGAGUAUGGCCACAAGCCAUUCCACAAUUCUUGGUUGGUCAUUUGGAUCUCCUUGAUACUGCAAAAACUGCUCUUAGGGAUUCUGGGUUUCAUGGACUGUUUCUUGGGGGCAACUAUGUAGCUGGUGUGGCAUUAGGACGAUGUGUGGAAUGUGCUUACGAGGUUGCAGCUGAAGUGAAGGACUUCCUGUCACAAUAUGCAUACAAUUGAUAUUAAAAUUUAAGUUAGCAGGGUGCAAAAGUAGACAUGCAUUGUUGGAUGGCAUCCCUUUAGCUAAAAUUUUAGGUAGGUUUUGUUGAUAAUAAAGUUGCUUGAUUGCUUUAGGAGUUUUGAUUAGCAUUUUAUAUUUGUAAAUUACUAUCAUGCGCUAUAUCAUUAUUGAUAGCAGUCAUACCAUUCUUAAUUUUCUCAUCCUAUUAUCAGUAUCGAUAUUAGCAUUAGUGGCACACAUGCAUCAAGAAUUGGAGCAUCUUACUAAAACAUUUAAUAUUCCUGUAACCUUUGUUGUAAUUGUUGAUCAUACA